GCGGGCGGGCUGGCGCCGCCGCCUGUGGGCGUGAGUGCAGCUGCGCCAGAGGUGCUGCUGGCGACGCGCAGCUUCGCUCUCCGCGCCCUGGGCACCUGGGACUGGUGCGGCGGCGCGAAGAUGCACAGGGGAGCGAGGCCCCAAUGGCAGGCGGACGGCAGCUUGGAGGACGACUGCAAGCGCUGGGCGGAGGAGCCCCGCGAGUGCGUCUCCGAGGACGGGGGCGUCGAUGACAUCUCCAGAGGGGUGUCGGUGAUAUGGCGUGCACCAGUUGUCGAGGCCGCUGCUGCAGGCGAUCUCGGGCCUCAGCCGACCGUCCACGUGGUGCGGGAGGCCAAGGCCCUGGAGCGCUUUGCCGCGCAGCAUGCUUGGAGCUUUGGCGUCGCAGGGGCCGAGACGGAAGAGGUCGGGUCUCAGCCGGCACUUCCCAGCAGUGGGUGGUGCGGCGCCGUGGCCAGUCGCCCCCCCGGCGUGCGGAGCGUGGCGGCGGCGCCGUGCUAA